AUGCGCGUCCACUAUCUCGCCUUCCUGGCAUCGUCUGCUCUUUCGGCUCGUGUUGACGGUGUUGUGGAGCCCGGCGCAUCGAAUCAAACAGCGCUUUACUUCCCGGCGGCCGUUCGCCCAUCGAUUGCCAGCGACGACGAUGUCACUGCCACAAGGUCGCCAACACGUGUUGGUCCACCACAUGUCGAAGAAAGGGGCCUUUCCGGUACAAUUGUUUCGUCCGCGUUAUCGAAGUUGGGUAGUCGAGGCAAGAGCAUGGUGCUGGCAAGGGCUCAAGAUAAGUUCUACAACUUGCAAAAAAAAUCGAUAAGGGACAACGACGUUGAGCACAGUCUUCGAAAUGCGCUUAAAACCAAAGCGUGGGAUGAUCUGUAUGACCGGUACAAAUUGUCUGGACAUUUGAUGAUUGACGAUCUCACCAAGCACUAUGGAGAUGAAAUGAUAGCACGUGUGCUCUCUCGGGCGCUGAGGGCCGACUCAAUAAACCCUGCGAAGUUUGCAACGGCUACGACUCUGAAGGAGAAGCUGGCGUUGGACCAGCUCACAAGGUGGCAAACGAAGGAAAAAACACUUGAUGACGUGUUUCACACACUCAGGCUGAACCAUCUUGACUUUACACCCGACGCUCUGGCACACAUUGCCUUGCUGAAAAAAAAUCUUGAGGUCGUUGUGUUUGCCCGGAUGAUGCGUAGUCGAAAGAUGAACGUUCUGGAAAACUAUAGCAAGCUUACCGCGCCCCAAAACAGCGAGGUAGCCUAUCUACGUGCCCUUAUGAAAGGCUUUGGUGGAGAAAAAAAUUCUUCAAGCUGCUACGCCAGGCGAAUGAGGACAAAGCUCUAG